UGUCACUUAGUAGUGUCCGCAGCCUUUGGUUUAAAUCUGGGUUGACUGAGUCCCAACACAGCUGUCUUCCCUCAUAGCUGUACACAUCUCUCUCUGACUUAGUCUGCCCAAGCUUUCUGUGGCUAUUUCUAGAAGGUAAUUUGAUUCAACAUUUUGAGGACUUCAAGGGAGAAACAAGAAAUUCUGGGACUAGCAUUACACUUUUUCAGAGAAUCUCUCUUUUUGACUCCUCUGUUUUGCUGGGCCUGGCCCAUUGUAGGGUCAUUGGUUGUUGCUCUCUUGGCUGUGUGCCUAAAGGCCUGAGGGUUUGGGGACAGUACUGAGGACAGUACUGAGGACAACUUCGUAGGGUUUUUUGAUCAACUGAAUAAAGAAGGAAAGAGGCCAUCAAAAUGCUGCUAGAACUGGGAUCCAAUGUUAUGUCGUUGUAUGAGUAUUUAUUGCAGAGAACGGACCACCGGUUGUUGCCCUACCCGUUGAUGCGGACCCCCUUCCAGAUGACCAGCAUCCUGUUGGGCUAUGUAUUCUUCUCGCUGUAUGCAGGGCCUCGCCUGAUGGUACACCGCAAGCCCUAUCACCUCAAAUCGGCCAUGAUCGUCUAUAACUUCAGCAUGGUGUUCCUGAACGCCUUCCUUGUCUAUGAGUUCCUGAUGUCAGGAUGGGGCACCACCUUUACCUGGAGAUGUGACCUUUGUGACUACUCAAGCAGCCCACAGGCUCUAAGGAUGGUUCGAGUGGCUUGGUGGUUUUACUUCUCUAAAUUCAUCGAGCUUCUGGACACAUUAUUCUUUGUGCUGCGUAAGAAACACAGCCAGAUUACAUUUCUUCAUGUCUUCCAUCACUCCUUCAUGCCCUUCACGUGGUGGUGGGGAAUGACCAUCGCUCCUGCAGGGGGAAUGAGCUCGUUCCAUGCCAUGGUCAACGCAUGUGUCCACGUCAUCAUGUACACCUACUACGGCCUGUCCGCUGCAGGACCUCGCUUCCAGAAAUACCUCUGGUGGAAGAAGUACAUGACCGCAAUCCAGCUUAUCCAGUUUGUGCUGAUCUCACUUCACAUCUCUCAAUACUACUUCAUGGAGAAGUGUGACUUUCAGGUGCCCAUGUUCAUUCACCUCAUCUGGAUGUACGGAACCUUCUUCUUCGUACUCUUCUCCAACUUCUGGAUUCAGGCCUACAUAAAGGGUAAACGGCUGCCUACAGCAACCAAGGAGGCAAAGCUCAAGCAGAAUGGCGUUACUAAUGGUCAUACCAACGGCAUUACCAUUGGCAACAUUUCCGUGGUGCCCAACGGCAAACAAUUGGAGAAUGGCAAUGGGACAACAGCGCACCGUGUCAACGGCCAUAACCAACUAGGCAAAGUGAAGGAAGUCUAGCUUUGUCAUUUUGGACGGGGAAACAUAACUGUCUGAGUGAGCCUCCAAAAUGCCAAAGAUUCCAAAACAAUGCUACUCUUUCACAUGUUAGUUACUGAUCACUUUCCUCAAAUGUAUAUUUUUUAUAUUUAUUUACACUGCUUUUGGGAUAUGAAUGGCGUAAUGGAUUUACCAGUUGGUCCCUAUUUGACACAGUUAAAUUUUGAGUGGUUGGAGGGAACUACUAACUGUAGAUCACACUGUAUGAAGAGGUGUUCAUCCUCACUAUUAUUCACCUCCAACCCAGUUUUGAAAUGACCAAUGAAAGCCCACCCUUGGACUUUAACUUCUUGUUUGGCUGGCAUGACUCCUGUGUUGCUUGAAAAUAUUGUAGUUUCCACUGAAAGGACUGGAACAUGCUUGUAAAUGGCUGACCCAGGUCUCUUUCAAAGAGAUGGGAUUUGUAUUGAUGUCCAUCAUGGUUUUGUUUUUUGGUGCUGUUUAUAUUUAACUUUUUUUGAAAUAAAACACAUUUUAAGUAA